CUCCGCACUCGAACAAUCUAUCUCUUUGUACUUUUAUGCUUGUGUUCGUAUGCUGUGUGUUUGUAUGCGUGUGUGCUUUCCUCUUCUUCUACCUACGCCAACAACUUCGCUACUCUUAUAGUGUUCCCGUUUGUGUUGGCCUACAGACCUAAUUCUUGCGUGUGUUGUGUGCUGUGCAAAGUUUUCCCGAAAAAAAUCGAAAUAAACAAUAGAUAGAAAGUAAAAGCAACUAUAUUCUAUCAGCAUGGCGCGUGUGGACGUUGGAGUACAACGACUACUAUAGUUACCUGUCCAACCGCAUCAAUUACACAUCACUAAAACUUUAAGGAAAACAAAAAUAAUUAAGAGUACAUCCCAGAAAGAAACAUUUUACUAUGGAAAACUUUAAUGUACCUCUUCUGGCCGAAAGCAGUGGCAGUAGUAUCGUUAGUUAUGCCAGCGGCAAUAACGAUAGCAACAACCAACAUCGUCAACACCUACAACAGCAACCACCGCAGCAUCAUCAGCAACAAUUGCUGCCUCUUCAUCAUAAGGAUCAGAUGUUGGCCGCUGGCAGUAGUCCGAUAUUACCCUUCAUUAACUAUGCGCAGUUGCAAAAGGACACUCAGUCCAAUCCUGAAUCUAAUCCAGUGGCUGGCAACUUUACCUCAUUGCAGGCCAUCGACAGCUGUCAUUUGGAUGUUGCUGUAUCUUUGAGUGGACUGUGCGAUCGGAUAUUCGUCAGUCCAAAUCCGCAUAGCAGCAACAGCACGAACAACAAUCCUGCCGAUGUCAAGGUAUCAGAGCCAUCUAGUGGUAACAAUGGUCCGCUUAUAUUAGAAUCAGUCACAAUGUCAUCGUUUGCCAAUAUACUGUUCAACAGCCGCAACAACACAAGUACCACUACCAUUACCAAUACCAAUACUAAUACCAAUACCAAUACCAAUACCAAUAAAUACCAAUACCAAUACCAAUAA